AUGUCCCUCCACGGCGCACACAUUCGGGUCGCGCGGCCUACCGACGACAUUGAUGCCGUCAUUCCGUUUUACCGAGACGGGCUGGGCUUUGAGAUCCUGUUCCGCUUCGGGGAGCACGACGGCUUCGACGGCGUCAUGCUGGGGCUCCGCGGCGGCGCCGCCUACCACCUCGAGCUGACGACCAAGCGAGGGCACGCCGUCGGCCGCGCGCCCACCGAGGACAACCUCCUGAUCUUUUACCUCCCCGACGGCGAUACCUUCCAGGCCGCCAUCGCGCGCAUGCAGACACACGGCUUCGCGGCCGUGGCCAGCUUCAACCCGUACUGGGACCAAAAGGGCAAGACUUUUGAGGAUCCGGAUGGCUAUCGCGUCGUGCUCGCCAACAUGGCCAACCCCGCAGUCUAA